AUGAAUGGAGAAGCUUUUGAGGCCGUGGACCGAUUUCUGAUAGCUGCUCCCAGUUUAAAAAAGAACUUUGAAGCACCAAUUGCACCUUACCGCAUCUUCUGCGAAGAACAAUUGCUCGAGAACAGAAACCGGGCUUUCUUGCUCAUCCUGUGGGCACUUCUUGGAGUGGAUGGAAGAUCGUCUGUUGUGCUCGUUGGUGAAAGCUAUCUUGAACCUUUAAUUUCGUACGUGGAGAACAAGAACACUGGUUAUCCCUUCUCAGGAAGAACUCAUGUUCGGUUAAGCUCUUUAGUCUUGCUGACAGGCGUC